AUGUCGUCCGCAUCAGAAAAACCCCCCUCCCCCUCAUCUUCGCCUCCCCCAAACCCGCCCUACCAAUCCGCCGCCUCCUACUUCUCCUACCCAGUCAGCCACGUCGUCUCAGGUCUCUACAGACGUCUCACAGAGCCAGACGUAGCAAAAGAGAUGCCCUCCGUCAUGCCAUGGUCAAGAUCCUCCUCAUCAGAAGUCUUCACACCUCGCCGAACAGCAUCCCCCUUCCAACCACCACCACUCACCCCGCUCACCCUCGAAAUCCCCACUGGCGCAGACAUCCUCCAACAACAACUCCUCACCCGCGCCCUAGCAGAGGAAAUCCGCCUCCUCGUCCCGCCCCGCCUCCAACUAGCCGAAACCUGGCGCCUAGCAUACAGUCUCGACCGCGACGGCGCCUCCCUCUCAACCCUCUACGAGAACUGCGCCGAGUUCUCAAACCGCAGCCCGCGGGCGGGCUACGUCCUCGUCAUCCACGACGCUUCACCCUCCUCCUCCGUCUUCGGAGCAUACAUGACCGAUGCCCCACGCCCAGCAAAACAGUUCUUCGGCACAGGCGAAUGCUUCCUCUGGCGUUCUAGCGUCCUUCCGCCCGCAAACUUCCCCAUAUCAUUCCCCAGCGACGGACCCCAGUCCGAAGAGGCCCUCGAGCGAGCUGGUCUCCCGCCUCCCCCAUCUGCUGAUACCACCACCGCCGGACGCUGGAGCACACUACGCAAUGACCCGAAGUCGAAACCCGUCGAGUCUCCAUCUCACAAUCUCAACAUGAGUAUAAAAACUAAUCUUGCGGCUGCGAGUGGGGGUGUUCUAGCGCCUCCUUCGCCUUCCUCUAUCCAUACGUCGCGGAGUGGUGCGAGCACACCGGAACGGAUUCGCUUCAAGGCUUUCCCGUACAGUGGCGUUAAUGAUUAUAUGAUGUUCUGUGAAACUGGAUUUCUCAGUCUUGGAGGCGGUGAUGGACACUUUGGGUUGUGGGUUGAUGAUAGCCUUGAAAAGGGUGUUAGUGCAUCUUGCCAAACAUUUGGCAAUGAACCGCUUUCUGAUGAAGGUGUCAAGUUUGAUAUCUUGGGAGUGGAGGUGUGGUAUGUAGGCUCUUGA